AUGCCGCUCUGGCCGCAGUUUGUAAUCUUGGGCGCCGUGCUGGCCACUUGGGUCUUCACCCACCGCGUAGGCCAACUCCUGUUCCCCGGCGUGCCCGUGGAUUAUGUCAUUGCCGCCAUCCCCACCUAUUUCAUGCUCAUUGCCAUCGAAGCCACCGUUCAUCGCGCUGCUCCCCGGCUCGUGUCCGGCCCAGCCGCCUACAACCUGGCUGACACUUGGAGUAGUAUGAGCGCAGGCUUGGCCCAGCAAAUCAUCAUCAAAGCCCUUGCCCAGGUGGUUUCCAGCCUCGUGCUGCCCUAUUUCACUUACAACUACAUCCACCAACACUUUGCCUUGACCCACCCCGAUCCAGAACGUUGGUCCACCGCCUGUCUCGCCCUGACCCUUAGCGACUUUAUUUACUACUGGACCCAUCGCUUCGGCCACACUGUCAGCCUCUUUUGGGCUGGACAUCAGCAUCAUCACACCUCUGAGCACUACAACCUCAGCACGGCUCUCCGGCAAGGCUGGUUUCAGUCUGUCUACUCCACCGUCUACUAUCUACCCGCUGCCCUGUUCUUUCCCCCAGGCGUUUUCUUCUCCUGCGUCUCUGUCAACACCGUGUACCAAUUCUGGGUCCACACUUGCCUCGUCCGCCGCCUAGGCCCGCUGGAAUGGAUUUUUAGUACCCCAUCCCACCACCGUGUGCACCAUGAUCGCCGCGUUCACAAAAACUUUGGUGGUAUUCUCAUCAUCUGGGAUCGCAUGUUCGGCACCUUUGUGGACGAGGGUCACGUGCCAGAAUAUCUUGCCCACGCCUCCGGUCCACGGGAGGCUCAGCUCUUUGGUAUCAUGCGCGCCGAGCGCUCCUGGGCUGAGGUGGUGACCCAACUUCAGGGCCUGCGCGCCAUUUUUUCACACCCCCCGCACCAAUGGCUCAAAAAGGCCCUGUACGGCCCGGGCUGGUCCACCGCCACGGCACAGCGCCACCUGGCCGUGCCCUCGGAGCGCAGCCGUGCCUUUCGCAUCUUCACCGUCUGUUCUCCCCUAGAAGGACUCUAUCUUGUGGCAGUUUUUCAAGCAGCCUUUGUCUUCGCCGUGCUCCUUGGCUUACACCAACAGGGCCGGCUCUUAGACCGCGCCGGUGGCAUCACUGGACAUGUGGUACUACACGCACUCAGUCUUAUGGGCGCAGCAGGUAUCUUGAGCCAAGACAGCGUGCGUGAAGCGGUGGGCCUGCCAGUGGCCAAUGCACUCCGUGUGGGCGUUGCGGCCAUCGCUGGCCUGCUCGUGCUCGUAGCUGCGACUGGCCGCGUAUGGCUUCCCACCAAGACGUCCCUGGGACACACGCAAUGA